AUUUGCAUCUCUCCCUUGAACUGAAGUUCCCUCUCUCCUCUCUCGGCUUGAUGUCCUGCUCUGCCAGCCUGCGGGGGCCAGGGGCGCCCCCCUGCCCAGCGGUUUCCAGGAACUGACUCAUUGCUUCAUUCAUGAUCUCAGCUAUCCGGGGAGGAGUCAGCAGGGAAAGUGGAACAAAACUGCUUUUUCAGGGGGGAAGCAAAACUCUGAAGCUCUUGGCCCCGACGGACACGAAUUUCAACUCCUGGAGGCACAAUGGCGUCGAACAGAGAAGGUCCUGAGCCCAAACCCGGAGAACUGAUUGAGAUUUUCCGCGAUAGUUACGAGCACUGGGCGUGUAUGUGGGAGAUGGUUACGUGGUCCAUGUGACUGACGUCGAGAAGGGGCCUUCGGGAAUGAAUUUGAUCGCCUCUGUGUUGGGCCUGAGCACCGGAGCUGUGGUGAGGAAGGAGCUGCUGUCCAAGGCGGCCGCGGGGAAGAAGUACCGGGUCAACAGCAAAUACGACCAGACGCACCCGCCGCUGCCUCGCAUCGUUGAACGGGCAGAGGCGCUGGUGGGCCGGGAGAUAUCCUACAACCUCCCUGAAAGGAACUGCGAGAACUUUGCCACUCUGGUGCGAUACGGAGUUUCCCUCAGCGAGCAGGUGGACAAAAAGGCAAAGGUCAUCAGCGAGAACGUAGCUUUACUCGGAGUCGUGGCCCUGGCCGUGAUCAUCCCACUCGCGUUCAUUGUGUUCAGAAACUAGCUGCCAAGUGGUGGGGACGCGUGGGCAGGACGCCCGUGAGGGAGGACUGACCCCAGGGCCCUGAUGCCGGCUCCCGGCUCCCGCCUUCUGCUUCCGACAGGAGCAAUAAACGGCCGCGUCCAGGAUCCUGACAGUGGCCUUGGGAUUA